GCCAUCUAAAAGGAACUAUUAGACACGUUGUGGAGUAGGCAUAUUCCCCAGGAUGUCCGUUCGCGGCAAACGUUCAUAUUUGAGAUGCUGGACUGCAGUGAACUUGAGUGGUCUCUAGACUAAAUGCGACCUACGAGGGCGAUACUUGAUGAGACAAGUGAAAAGGAUUUGCUCAUAUUCUGACGUUGUGCCGCCUUCAUGGUAGUCAGCGUUUUUUGAAGAACAAACUUCUCUGUACGAUCGAAUCUGAUGUCGCUUCUGCUUCAAUGCCCACGUCGUGUUGACACAUGGAUGGGUGCAUGUUUGUGAAUGCUGCUCUACGCUUCUUAGUAUUCUGCUCUACCAUAACAACGCAUAUAUUCGUAUAUCUAAAAAGGUUUCUGUAACGUCUACUCUUCCGCGGUUUUCCUGUUUCACUCAGCAGGAAAGGAUAUUCCAGCUGCCAAGUGAAUUGCCAGACGGCCCCCCCCCCCUUCCCUCGUUGCGCAGCGAACCGUUUGCGCUCUGAUGAGCGACAAUGCUACUCGGCGCUGAGAUGGAAGCAGUGCAUCGAAUCGCCAUCCGUCGUUGCCCUUUCACAUUUACUGGUUUCCCAUAAUGUCUCGCGCUUUUUAAUACCCUUUUUUUCUUCUUUCGGUGCUGUUCUCGCAGCUUGCAAAACGUCCCUUAAGAAGCCUCUCUCGGUGUUGAUCUUGUUGUUCACGGAAGAAUCGAUCGCACGCACCCAAGACCCCAUCUCACGGCGGUCCUCCGUCUAACACAGACACAAUGGCAGAAGCAAAAAAGUCCCGUCGUGUUGUGGUGUUCAUCACUGGCUACGGGCCCUUUGGCACGGUGAAGGUAAAUCCCAGUGCUUCCAUUGCCAAACUUGUCGGCAAGGACCUCGAGCGCCACCCCGCCGUUGUGGCCGUUCACGCGGAGCUGAGCCUCGCGGUGAGCAUCAAAGCCGUCGGCGCGUACUUUGACCAACUCGAGGGCGAAAUUGAGAAGACGAUCGCUGAGCACGGCAGCGACGUUAAAAUUCUCCUCUGCCACAUCGGCGUGCACCCCGACACCACCGGGCUCAUUCGUGCGGAGGUGCAGGGUUACAAUGAGCUGUACGCCAGCCUGCCGGACGUAGAUGGCGUGGUGCUGAACCACGACCCGAUUCUGCCCAGCGACGGCUCUAUCGAUGUCACGUUGGAGAGCUGGUUCGGCAAGGCGGGGACGCCGCAGUUGCAGGACCUGGAGAGUUUGAUUGGACAGCUCAACACGGCCAGUAAGUCGACGGCUGGCUUCGCGUCUGCCGCCACGCCGUUGCCGCACGAGGUCGCGGCGGAUCAGUCGAAGGAAGGCGAGAUGGUGAUGCCGGCGUUUCAGCCUCCGCACUGGUCCAUCUCUCGCGAUGCGGGGCGGUACCUGUGCAACUGCGCCUUGUACCGUGCCCUGCGUCUUCAGAAGAAGCACCCGAAUACGGUGUACGGCAUCUUCAUCCACGUCGUGGACCCGACGAAGGGAAAGAUGGAGGAGAACGGGGAGCGCGUUGUCGCCUACAACCCAACGGUCAUGUCGCAGUCGGAGGAGGUGAAGAAGUUUGUGGACGGUCUGCUAACCAUGAUGACGGCAGCGUAA